AUGAGUUCCCUGCCCAGAACUCACUGUGCUCUCUGUGCUCAGUGUGCUUCGCUGUGCUCACUGUGCUCAGUGUGCUACGCUGUGCUCACUGUGCUACGCUGUGCUCUCUGUGCUCAGUGUGCUUCGCUGUGCUCACUGUGCUCACUGUGCUCAGUGUGCUACGCUGUGCUCACUGUGCUACGCUGUGCUCACUGUGCUACGCUGUGCUCACUGUGCUACUCUGUGCUCACUGUGCUCAGUGUGCUUCGCUGUGCUCACUGUGCUCACUGUGCUACGCUGUGCUCACUGUGCUACGCUGUGCUCACUGUGCUACGCUGUGCUCACUGUGCUACGCUGUGCUCACUGUGCUCAGUGUGCUACGCUGUGCUCACUGUGCUACGCUGUGCUCACUGUGCUACGCUGUGCUCACUGUGCUACGCUGUGCUCACUGUGCUCAGUGUGCUUCGCUGUGCUCACUGUGCUCACUGUGCUACGCUGUGCUCACUGUGCUACGCUGUGCUCACUGUGCUACGCUGUGCUCACUGUGCUCAGUGUGCUUCGCUGUGCUCACUGUGCUCACAGUGCUACGCUGUGCUACGCUGUGCUACGCUGUGCUACGCUGUGCUCACUGUGCUACGCUGUGCUCACUGUGCUACGCUGUGCUCACUGUGCUCAGUGUGCUCACUGUGCUACGCUGUGCUACGCUGUGCUCACUGUGCUACGCUGUGCUCACUGUGCUACGCUGUGCUCACUGUGCUACGCUGUGCUCACUGUGCUACGCUGUGCUCACUGUGCUACACUGUGCUACGCUGUGCUCACUGUGCUACGCUGUGCUCACUGUGCUACGCUGUGCUCACUGUGCUACGCUGUGCUCACUGUGCUACGCUGUGCUCACUGUGCUACGCUGUGCUCACUGUGCUACGCUGUGCUCACUGUGCUCACUGUGCUACGCUGUGCUACACUGUGCUACGCUGUGCUCACUGUGCUACGCUGUGCUACGCUGUGCUCACUGUGCUCACUGUGCUACGCUGUGCUACGCUGUGCUACACUGUGCUCACUGUGCUACGCUGUGCUCACUGUGCUACACUGUGCUCACUGUGCUACGCUGUGCUACGCUGUGCUACACUGUGCUACGCUGUGCUCACUGUGCUACGCUGUGCUCACUGUGCUCACUGUGCUACACUGUGCUACGCUGUGCUCACUGUGCUCACUGUGCUACGCUGUGCUACACUGUGCUACGCUGUGCUCACUGUGCAACGCUGUGCUCACUGUGCUCACUGUGCUACGCUGUGCUACGCUGUGCUACACUGUGCUACGCUGUGCUCACUGUGCUACACUGUGCUCACUGUGCUCACUGUGCUACGCUGUGCUCACUGUGCUACGCUGUGCUCACUGUGCUACACUGUGCUACGCUGUGCUCACUGUGCUCACUGUGCUACGCUGUGCUACGCUGUGCUCACUGUGCUACGCUGUGCUACGCUGUGCUCACUGUGCUACACUGUGCUACGCUGUGCUCACUGUGCUCACUGUGAUCACUGUGCUCACUGUGCUACGCUGUGCUCACUGUGCUACGCUGUGCUCACUGUGCUACACUGUGCUCACUGUGCUACACUGUGCUCACUGUGCUACACUGUGCUCACUGUGCUACGCUGUGCUCACUGUGCUACGCUGUGCUCACUGUGCUACACUGUGCUCACUGUGCUACACUGUGCUCACUGUGCUACACUGUGCUACGCUGUGCUCACUGUGCUACGCUGUGCUCACUGUGCUACGCUGUGCUCACUGUGCUACGCUGUGCUCACUGUGCUCAGUGUGCUACGCUGUGCUCACUGUGCUACGCUGUGCUCACUGUGCUACGCUGUGCUCACUGUGCUACACUGUGCUACGCUGUGCUCACUGUGCUACACUGUGCUACGCUGUGCUCACUGUGCUACGCUGUGCUCACUGUGCUACGCUGUGCUCACUGUGCUACACUGUGCUACGCUGUGCUCACUGUGCUACGCUGUGCUCACUGUGCUACGCUGUGCUCACUGUGCUACACUGUGCUACGAGGUGCUCACUGUGCUCACUGUGAUCACUGUGCUCACUGUGCUACACUGUGCUACGCUGUGCUCACUGUGCUCACUGUGA